ACUCAACUCUCUUAGUCCUGUCCCAAGCAUCUUUGACGGCCUUGUAAUGAACACCUAGGUAAAACCACUUAGUACAAACUGCGCCCGUCGCCUUACCUGCGCACUGCGAAUACGAUUUGCGCCAACCUACAACUUGAUCGCAACUCAACAGUCACCAUGCAAACGGCUUUGCCCUCGACUGCAGUCCUUUCGUAAGAACGCAUGGCCUGAAUAAUAUAUACCUUUACCCUCGAGGGGUUUUCCUUUCUUCAUCUGGGCUGACGCGGCUGCAUCAACAAUCGACCUUUGACCGUUUCUAUGGCUUACAAUAAAGCAUUCAAUCCUGACGCCUUGCCUGCUCAUGCAGAGCCUGAACAGGCUGCGCAAGCUCUUAGCCAGCUCCAGGCAAAUCGAAGACCUUCUCCAAACACCAGAUAUACAACCCAGGCACUGUUCAGCCCACUCACUUCGCAACCUCAGGCAUCGAGCGACCCCCGUCUCGGUCCUGGAGGAAUAACAGCGCAGUAUAGGCGGUCCCCAGCACCGAAUUAUGCCCAACAGACACCAUCUCCAUCGAACAAUCAAGCUUACGUUGACAAUCAAUACGCACGAUUACAAUCCCCUCCUCCAUCAGGCUAUGGCUACGGCACCCAACAUCAGGCCAACGCUCCUGCACCGAGAUGGCCGUCCAAUGAGGCACGUCACUAUCCCGCUCGCACACCUGCACCGCCUGACCCCGACACGGUGGAUCUUUUCCCUUUGUUCCAAGCAGCGAAUGGGUCGGGCACCGGGUCGAUGACAAUGAGUGAGCUGGGGUCCGCUCUCGUGAACGCGGACUUUACGCCGUUUGACAGCAGCACGAUUUCAUCCUUGAUGCGUAUGUUCACCACCUCACCACUCAAUCAGCCACAAGGUCCGACGCUCACAUUCGUCGAGUUCGAGAACCUGUGGCGGUUCCUUGCGGCAUGGCGCAGAAUAUUCGAACGGUUCGAUGAAGACGGCAGCGGCAGGGUAUCGUUCCCCGAGUUCUCCAACGCCAUGACAGCUUUUGGAUACCGCUUGUCGCAGCCAUUUGUAAACAUCUUGUACAACACGUUUAAUGAACGAAGCCCGGGACGUAACCGCGGAAUGAGCUUCGAUCUUUUCGUCCAAGCCUGUAUCAGUCUGAAGAGGAUGACCGACGUAUUCAAAAAGUACGACGACGACCGUGAUGGGUAUGUUACCUUGAGUUUCGAAGAGUUCUUGACGGAGGUUCUCCGGCUACGGGAUUAAUGCAUGCACAGCAAAGCAUUCUAAGGUACACUGAGAUGUUGGAUCAUCGCACUUCAGCGAAACUGGUGGGGCAUAAAUUAACAUGAAGCGUAAGCUGGCGUCCUAAACCACUUGUACGGUAUUUCGCGAUGGUCACAAGGCUUGCAAUUCCGCGUCCCAC